UACAAACUCAAGAAGGGCAGACUGUUGCUGUGUGGGGAAGGUAAGAGGCGAAGCCACUUUCGCGUUUCCUACAAAAAGGAACGUUUUUUUCUGAGUAGCGAGAGAUUGACGCCCAAACAAUGAAACAAAUACACCAGCACGCGAGGGAGAAGCAUUAGAUAGACAAAGAAAGAAAGAAACAAGGGAAAGGGGCAAUGAAAACAAUUCACAUGGAAGGAGAGCUGCUACCUUCUCCUCCUCCGCCAUUUCACCCUUCCUCCUAACAACACACACAAAUUAUCAAUCUUUAUUGCUGGGUUUGCCGUUUCUUGCUUCAUCUCAUCUGGGGUUUCUUCCUCUCUCUCUCUCUCUCUCUCUCUCUCUGCAUCUCUUUCGAUCCCACUUUUUAAACCCGCCCCUGCUUCGCGAUCUGGGAGGAGGGUAUUGAGGAAAAAGGGGAAAAGGAAUACGGAAAUCGGGAAUUCUUUCUCCUGAGCUGAAUUCCGACGUGGGUUCGGAUCUGAGAGAUGGAGGACAAGAGUGCGUUAAGUCAGGGGAGCGUCUUUAGAUCUCUGCUCGCCAUUGUUCAGUGGUGGGGUUUCAAUGUUACCGUGAUUAUCAUGAACAAAUGGAUCUUUCAGAAAUUGGAUUUCAAGUUCCCGCUGUCUGUAUCUUGUGUCCACUUCAUAUGCUCAUCGAUUGGAGCAUAUAUUGCAAUCAAGGUGCUGAAAGUCAAACCUCUUAUAGUGGUUGAGCCUGAAGAUCGUUGGAAAAGAAUAUUUCCCAUGUCAUUUGUGUUCUGCAUAAACAUUGUGUUGGGAAAUGUGAGCUUGCGGUACAUUCCAGUUUCAUUUAUGCAGACAAUUAAGUCGUUCACUCCUGCAACUACAGUGUUCUUACAUUGUUUGGCUGCACCAGUUGUAUUGCAGUGGUUGGUUUGGAGGAAGUACUUUGACUGGCGCAUUUGGGCUUCAUUGGUGCCUAUUGUUGGAGGAAUACUCCUGACAUCUGUGACUGAGCUUAGCUUCAAUGCUUUUGGAUUUUCUGCUGCUCUGCUUGGCUGCUUAGCAACUUCCACAAAGACUAUCCUUGCAGAGUCCUUACUGCAUGGGUACAAAUUUGACAGCAUAAACACGGUGUAUUACAUGGCUCCUUUUGCAACCAUGAUACUCGGUGUGCCAGCUUUGCUACUCGAAGGCAAUGGGAUUCUGGAAUGGUUUCAGACGCACGAGACUAUCUACUCUUCCCUGUUUAUCAUACUCCUGUCCGGUGUACUUGCCUUCUGUCUCAACUUUUCAAUCUUCUAUGUGAUCCAUUCAACAACAGCUGUCACCUUCAAUGUUGCUGGGAACCUCAAGGUUGCAGUUGCCGUGUUGAUUUCAUGGCUGAUAUUCAGGAACCCAAUCUCAGCAAUGAAUGCUGUGGGAUGUGCUAUCACGCUCGGUGGAUGUACUUUCUAUGGAUAUGUAAGGCAUUUGCUGUCACAACAGCCAGCCUCUACAGGAACUCCCAGGACGCCCAGGACUCCAAGAAGCCGGAUGGAGUUGCUGCCGCUCGUAAACGAUAAAUUAGAUGAUAAGGUCUGAAUUAGUGAAUCGACUCUCCUGGAGAGAGGGGAGCUUUACAUUACGAUGAUGGUGAUGAAUGCUCUUUUGCAGUUGACGCGCCGUAGGGAGGAGUAAUUAUACUUUAUGUACAAGAAACUGAUGAAAUUCUGAGGAAUUAUUUAAAUGUGUUGUUGUGGACUUGUUUGAUUACCCAUACAAGCUUAAUAUAAGUAAACUUUUUUUUGCUCGUGAAUUGGAAACAUGUAUUUCUCCAGGGAACUAUAAUUUCUCGGGUUGAUUUAUUAAUGGAGUGCCAUAUCUCAAGUACAGAGCCUCACUAAUCAAUCUAGUGAACUAGUCCAAGUUGCUUUUGAGAGCUUUCUAGACUUCUGCAUCCAAAAGGAAAAGUUGCACAGUACUUGGUGCUUUCUGGAAUCUAUUCUCUUCCUCCUGCUUUAUUUCUUCCACGUUUUGAUGAUUCAAAGAUCAGCAUGUGUGUGUUUGUUCUUACUUCCUACUGCAUGUUUUGUCAAUCAGUUUCCAGGAUCUAGCUAGCUAGCUAGUAGUGCCAGAACGAAAACCGGGUUGGCAAAGCUCCACUAUAUUCUUUGUAUUUAUCUCCAUGAUCUUGAAGUGACGCAUAACUACCACAAUUAGUGAUAAACAAGGU